UUCAUAGCUUAAUUUGUUCACUUUUUAAAUACAUUGCUAAAUGUUGCCUUGCAAGGACACGUCCAUUAUAUUUACAGUCCUGAAAGUAACCUAACAAUGAAGACCGCUUGCACGUGUUCAAAACAUGUUCAUUGUUCGACUCUAGCAGGUUAGAUYUCUUACCUACCUAGCUAGUAUUGCUAACAGCUAGCUGGCUAUACGGGCAAUUGAGCCCGAAAACAUGAUAGCAAAUACUUAACAUCUCUGUAUGGUAGUUUCACACCUUCUCAAAUCGUCAAGCUGGAGAGCGAGGCCAUGUCCUAGAUACCUUCAGUCCACCCUGGAGGCAGCACAGCUUUAUUUUCAUGUGAGCAUCAGCACACAUCACGCAGGAGAAGUGUGCAACGUGUCCGAGACCUUGGAGGAGCUAGCUGGCUGACCAGUCGAAGGUUGCCACACGACUUGAGUAGGACAAUAUGAGUCGAGAGAGGGAAACGUUGUUGGAUGAAAUCGAACUAAGUUUAUAUACUUUAACUGAGGACAAUUUACGUUACCUGUGUGAACGUAUUGGAGUAGGAGGCAAAGAUGGGUCAGAAGUCAAAGGAAAGACUCAACGUUCAUUGCGUCGUGUAGUAGGGGAAUACUGUGAAAAUGUAAAUCAGAUGGAAUCAGAUGAGCAGGGAACGUCUCGGUUACUCCAACUGAAAGAAGACAUCAAAGGAAUACAGGAAGAUGCCAGGGGUGUGCCCAUGAGUCCCAGCCAAUCAGCGACAGCAGAGGUGGACACCUCACAAGCAAGCUGUGACGGAGAACCGAAUGAGGAGGGAGGAUCUCGGUUGCCUCAUAACAGGAAGUUGGCAGAUCCAGCUCCAGAGUGGCUCAUUAUACCAGAGCAGAGGGAGUCACUAGAUCCUGGUUGUGACAGUGGCACACGGUCUGUACAGCAGGAGGCAACAGUGCUGCUGGAGGACUGUAGGUUUAUGCUGGGGCGGAGAUUCAACAUCAAAGCGGAAGAGCAGGAGGAGAUGAUUUCGGUCUUUGCUAAUGAAGGAGAGGGUCCUGAGWCCUCAGACRCAUCAGUGGAGACAUUAUCUACACCAGGGGAGAAACACCAGGAAGUUGAUAAAGCAAAGAGAUCUCACCACAGCCCUCAACGUACGGAGAGAUCCACAAAACGAUCACAGCCUAAACGGCACCUGCACACACACUCCGGGGAGACGUCGUCACCCUGUUCAGGUAGCAAAGAAAGUUUAUCUUCUGUGAGUUCUUACCAAUGCCCUGAAUGUAAGAAGAGAUUCUCUAGUAAUGCSGGUCUUCAAAAACACUUGAGAUUACAUGGUGGUAAGAGGCUUUUCCAGUGCUCACAGUGUGACAAGAGUUUCAUAAAGAGUAAAAAUCUUUAUCAACACCUGCCAGUGCACUCUGGAGAGAAGCCUCACCCCUGCUCUGACUGUGGCCGAACUUUCUCUACAGCACGCUAUUUAACUAAACACAAGCGUAUACAUUCAGGGAUUAAGCCUUUCUGUUGCCCCCAUUGUGACAAGAGGUACACCAGAUCAGAUCAGUUGAAAGUUCAUAUCAUGACGCAUACUGGGGAGCGGCCUUACCAAUGUGGUCAAUGUGAGAAGAGUUUUAAAAUGAAGGCAAAUCUUAAAGAGCACCUGUUAUUACACGAGAUAAAGAUGUCUCACCGRUGCCCUGACUGUGAUCAAAGGUUCUCCGCUGAGGAAAGUUUAAAGGAACACAUGCAGUUACACAAAGGAGAGAAACCUUUCCACUGUCUGCAAUGUGAGAAGAGGUACAGUACUUCAGAUGAGUUGAAAGAACAUAUGAUGUCUCAUACUGAAGAGAAGAUUAAUUUCCGACUUGUUUCUGAGAAUAGAUCGCCAAGUUCCAGAAAUGUAGGAGAACAAUGUCAGGAGACGGCCCAUACUGUUGACAAACCUGACCUCGGCUCUGACUGCGGAACAGAUUUUGCUCAACAAGACAAGCUGGUAAAACACCAGCAAACACACACUGAGGAAAGCCCAACACACACUGCCGAAAAGGCAACGCACACUGGGAAAAAGACUCACUACUGCCCUGAAUGUGGGAAAAAAUACCAUAGCACUUCACACUUCAAAGAACACCUGCGUUCACACACUGGUGACCAACCUUACCAGUGUUCUCAGUGUGAAAAGAGUUUCACAAAACAAAUACAUCUUAAGCGACAUAUGUACUCACACACUGGAGAAAAACUAUACCAUUGUGGAGAUUGCAAUUUAUAUUUCCUUAAUGAAAUCGAAUAUAAGAGACACAAGCACAUUGGGGAGAAGCCUCACCACUGCUCUGUCUGUAGUGUUCGUUUCUCUCUAUUAGAAGAUCUAAAUGCACACAAAAGGAUUCACACAGGAGAGAAUCCUCACCACUGCUCUGACUGCGGGCAAAAUUUUGCUACAGCGGGAUGUUUAAAGAAACACAAGCUGUUGCAUUCAGGAGAGAAACCUUUCCGCUGCCCACAGUGUGAUAAGAAGUACACCAGAGCGGACCAGUUAAAAGAUCAUAUGAAGAUACAUUCUGAAGAGAAGCCUUACGAAUGCACUGUUUGCACAAAAAAAUUCCACGAUUCUAAGCAAUUAAAAGUUCACCAGAGAGCAGUGCAUGCAGCAUCUUCUUACAUUUGCUCUGACUGUGGAAAGAGUUUUGGUCUACUGGGCAACCUUAAUGCUCACCAGCGAACGCAUACUGGGGAAAAGCCUCACCAGUGUCCCGUCUGCGAAAAGAGGUACACAAAACGAUCACAUCUUAAAGAACACAUGCGUAUACACACUGGUGAGAAACCUUACCAGUGUUCUCAGUGUGAGAAGAGUUUCACAACACAAACGGGUCUUAAUCAUCACCUGUACACACACACUGGAGAGAAGCCCCGCCACCACUGUCCAGACUGUAAUGAAAGUUUUACAUCUUGGAUACCCUUUAAGAGACAUAAACAACAACAUACUGGAGAGAAGCCUCACCUCUGCUCUAACUGUGGUCUUAGUUUCCUCAUAGAAGAGGACUUAAAAGCACAUGAAAGGAUUCACACUGGAGAGAAGCCUCACAACUGUCCUGACUGUGAAAAAAGGUUCUCUUCAGUAGGUAAUUUGAAAAAACACAAGAGGUUACAUACGGGAGAGAAACCUUUCCACUGCGAGCGUUGUGAUGAGAAAUUUACAAGAUCAGAUCGGUUGAAAGUUCAUAUGAUGUCACAUACAGGAGAGAAACCUUUUCAAUGUCCUGAAUGUGAUAAAAGCUACAAUAAUUCGACCCAAUUGAAAAAUCAUCAGAGAAUAAUACAUAGGGGAGAAAAACCGUACCUUUGCUCCGACUGUGGAAAGAGCUUUGGCAAACUAGGUAACCUUACAGAACACCAGCGAACACACACUGGGGAAAAGCCGCAUGUCUGCCCUGAGUGUGGGAAGSAGUUUGCCCACGCAAAACACUUAAAGAGACAUCAGCGGGAACAUACGGGAGAAAAACCGUAUCAAUGCCCUGACUGUGAGAAAUGUUUCUCCCGGGUAGAUUAUCUAAAAACACACCAGGUAACACACAGGCCUCCUCACAUGCGCUCACCUGUAGAUAAACCCUAUGGCUGCUCUGACUGUGGGAAGCGUUUCGGGCAGAUCUCUGGCCUUAGGGCACAUCAGAAAAUCCACACUGGAGAAACUCCUUAUGACUGUACUGGGUAUGGAAAGAGUUUUGUAAACCUGUAAAAUCGAAAGAUAACACAAUCAAUUGGGAUACUAGUGAGAAGUCAUACCACUGCUCUGACUGUGGGAUAAACGUUGAUCAGGUGGAAACCUCUGAGACACCAGGUCACUCCUGAAUUGCCUGAUAUGAAGGCAUUGACAAUUGGCAAGGAGUGGUGAAUGCCAUUUUACAUCUACAUUUUAGUCAUUUAGCGGACGCUCUUAUCCAGAGCGACCUACAAUUAGUGCAUCCAUCUUAGGAUGGCUAGGUGAGACAACCACACAUCAGUCGUAGUAGAUUAAGUACAUUUCUUCUUAAAGUAGCUAUCAGAAAAGUCAGUGCUUGUGGGAAAAGAGGGGGGUAGGGGGGCGAUACUCUUUCAGAUGUUUUCAGAAUAUGGGCAGUGACUCCGCUUUCCUGACAUUAGCUGGAAGCUCCUUGCGCCAUUGGGGUACCAGGACAGACCAGAACGAUCACUGUGCUGCCAUUUAUGGACUUCUACCUUUUUGUAUAUAUGGACUUUUAUGUUGAUCACCUUUUGUAGUUAGCAUGUAAAUAUACUGUUUAGUUAGCGUAGGAGGAUGUUUAGUUAGCAUGUAAAUAUACUGUUUAGUUAGUGUAGGAUGAUGUUUAGUUAGCCUAGGAUGAUGUGCAAUCACAAUACAUAAGCUACAGGUCUCCUACUGAACUGCAUCUCUCGUGUUCACUCUAACCAACAUAACAAACAGAGAAGUGUUUUUGUGUUGUUGUGGUAACAACAAGAAUUUGAGUCUCGUAGUUGUAAAUGUCUGUUUGGUCAAUUAUUCAAAUGUCAGAUAAUAAAGAAACAUUUUCAAUGA